CCGCACCUAAACCAGAAACUGGGUGUCUGGUUCAGCAGCCUGUGUUUUAGCAGCUCCUCCAAGGGAUUCUAAUGCACGACCCAGUCCAGGUCUUGGGGAUGUAGCAGUGAGCAGAAAAAAAUCUCUGAACUCACAGAGCUCGUUUUCCAGACAUGACAUUACAUUUAUUUAGCAAGGAACACUUUUGUUUCGGUUGUGGCUAAAUACCAGGCAGGCAUUCCUGCUUCCCAGAGGUGGAUAAGAAGGCCAACCAUUCCAAAUUAGUCUUCUGUUUUUAGUUCCACUUCUCUGUCUUACUUUUUGUCUUACUUGUCUACAAAUCCAGAGCUCUCCGAGUUUUGCUGAGGAGUCCAAGUUGCAAAUCCCACUGUUUACUCUAGGAAAACGGCUUCUUUCUCUGUUACUCAGUACUCUUCAUAAAUUAAAAAAAAAUUUUUUUAAACUGUAAAGUAUAACUUUGCCAUACAUUUGGGGCCGUUACUAGUUUGGGACCUUUUAAAAUUCCUUUUUGUGCCUAACAGUUCUAUAGGUCACUUAAGCCGUUCAAAACUAGGGGCUGCUUACUCCCUCUGACCCUGAGGGAAGAAUUGUUAGGUUCCUUGGAGGGAGGUGGUCCCUUCCCUCCUCAGGAGGUCCUGAUACUUGACUGCUUGUCUUUGUUCUGUGACAUCGCUAGAACAGCCUUUGAGUUUCACAGCUAUUUCUUCAGGAAUGGGAUGGUGUGAUAAGCUCAAGAGUGCAUGCCCCGUUGCAAGGGCGCCGCUGCUGUCUGCUAUAGCCAGUUGUUAUCAAGAAGAAAUUCUUGCCAAAGCCUAUAAAAAUAGGCUGGUAUUAAGGACAGUACCCAUUGCCUAUUAAACACAAAGAAUUGUCUUUAUUUUUACAACCAAAGCCAGAAAUUCAUGCUGUUCACAUGCAUCACUCUGACCUUUCACAUACUUGUAAAUCAUCUCAGGACAAGUCACAUAUAUUUUUCCUUCUUUUUUUCCAUUAUAGAGCAAAACAGAAUAGCUCUACUUUUAGUUAUACUCUCAGUAAUCACUCAGAAUUCUGAAAACUCCCAUUGCCCCUGCUUAUAUACACUGCCCACUCUCGUCUCUGCAAGUCAUUUUAUUCCUUCGUCAGGGCUUUGGGGAGCACCGGUGUUCGUUGUGCAGAUGCCUAUAUGUCAUUUCAGGGGUCAGUGACAUUCAGAGAUGUGGCCAUAGACUUCUCCCAGGAGGAGUGGCAAUGGCUUCAGCCUGCUCAGAAAGACUUGUACAGACGCGUCACGCUGGAGAACUAUGGCCUCCUGGUCUCUCUGGGUUUUAACAUUUCUAAGCCAGAUGUGGUUUCCUUAUUGGAGCAAGGGAAAGAGCCCUGGCUGGGGAAAGGAGAUGUGAAAACAGAUUUCUUUUCAGUUUCAGAGUCAAAUGGUGAGAUCAGAGAGUUUUCUCCAAAAAAUGUCAUAUAUGAAGAUGAUUUAUCCCAGUAUGUGAUAAAGGAAAGGGAUCUGAGCCAAGACCCUGAACAUUCCAGUUUUAAAGGAGACUGGAAAUGUGAGGAUGUUACUGAGAUGCUACAAAGAAAUCGGGGAUGUAUCAGGCAAGUGACAGUCUCUCAUCAAGAAGCCCUGUCUCAACAUAGUGUCAAUACUGUGGAGAGGCCCUAUGGGUGCCAUGAAUGUGGAAAAACUUUCAGUCGGCGCUUUUCCCUUGUGUUACAUCAGAGGACUCACACAGGAGAGAAACCAUAUGUAUGUAAGGAAUGUGGCAAAACGUUUAGUCAAAUCUCAAACCUUGUGAAACAUCAGAUGAUACAUACGGGAAAGAAACCCCAUGAGUGUAAGGACUGUAGUAAAACAUUCAGUUACCUUUCAUUCCUCAUUGAACACCAGAGAACACAUACUGGAGAGAAACCCUAUGAGUGUACAGAAUGUGGAAAGGCCUUUAGCCGUGCCUCAAACCUCACUCGACACCAGAGAAUUCACAUAGGAAAGAAACAGUAUAUAUGUAGGAAAUGUGGGAAAGCCUUCAGCAGUGGCUCAGAACUUCUCCGUCAUCAGAUUACGCACACUGGAGAGAAACCUUACGAGUGCAGUGAGUGCGGGAAGGCCUUUCGCCGCUCUUCUCACCUGACUCGACACCAGAGCGUUCAUACGACCAGAGUCCCCUAUGAGUGUGGAGAGUGUAGGAAGGCCUUCCGCUGCCACUCAUUCCUUAUUAAACACCAGAGAAUUCAUGCUGGAGAAAAGCUCUAUGAAUGUGAUGAAUGUGGCAAAGUUUUCACUUGGCACGCAUCUCUCAUACAACAUACGAAAGUUCAUACUGGAGAGAAACCCUAUGCCUGUACUGAAUGUGACAAAGCCUUUAGUCGGAGCUUUUCCCUCAUUCUACAUCAGAUAACUCACACUGGGGAGAAGCCUUAUGUAUGUAAGGUAUGCAAUAAAUCCUUCAGCUGGAGCUCAAACCUUGCGAAACAUCAGAGAACACACAAUCUAGAGAACCCCUAUGAAUAUGGAAAUUCAUUUAAUUACCACUCAUUCCUUACUGAACACCAGGGAAUUCUCACUGUUGAGAAAACCUAAAGAUGUAUGCAUUUAAAAAUAUAGCAGCUAAUGCCUUACUUUGACUUCAGAGCCUUAUGUGAAUGUGUUGAAAUGUGAAGAUAUGUGGUCCAUACCUGGAGGAAAACUCCUAGGAAUAUGUGGGAAUUGGAAUGUCAGGAAGUGCACUCAGCAUGAAGAAUCUUCUUCUGGAGGGUUCCCUUUACAUGGAUAGGUUCCCACCAGGAAAGGGGUACAAGUUCAAUGUGAGGGAGGAAGCUUUUAAUUAGAGAUUAGCUCUCAUCUUGCAUUUGUCUGCUCAAGCAGGACAGAAUGCAUGGGUAAGGGUGCACUUUUUCCUGGAUAUCAGAAAAUUUAUAAUGAAGCAGUCAUACAUAAAAACACAGUGAUUUGGGAAUGCCUUCAUGGACCAUGCAUUCUUUAUUAAAAUUUAAAAUACUCUUUUAAGGAGAAAAAACAUCCUUGUAAAUGAACUGAAUAUAGGUUGGCUUUCUGCAAUAUUUUAAAUGUACAGAAUUAUACUGGGGGGAAAGUAGCAUUGUAAUGGGUGGGGGAAAGUCUUAGAGCUCUGAGAAGUCAUACCGGAGGGAAUCAGUGUGGGAAAGUUUUGUGUUUUUUUUUUACAGAGGAGAUGUUUGUUUUGGUCAUUUUAAAAAAGCAAAUUCUGAAAAGAGCUAUAAAUAAAUCUUUUGACUUAUAGUUAAUCUGGUACUUGCUGAGUUUUCCCCCCACAGCAUAUGAUUCUGAAAAUGCAACGAUCACAAUAUUGACAUCAGCGAGAGUAGUGUGCUUCUGUGGAAACAUUAUACAAACAUAAUUAUAGAAACAUUUUUAGUUGUCUUAUGGUUUUAACUGAGGUAGUGUUUGGAUUUAAGGUUAUGUUAACUCAUGUUUAUCCUUGAAUCUGACUAGACAUGACUUAGAAAUAAAUGUAAAUAAGGUAUAUCAGGAAAUUUUUAAGGUAGUUUUCCUCUUUUGUUGCAUUUACAGCGAGAACAUUUAUUUUGUAAGCCUAUACUUGUGAAAAUAAAUCAUAUUAUGUUCACUUUCAUGUACAACUUGCCCAUUUUUUAAUGCCCCAGGUAAAUGUUUAUCUUUGAAGCAACUGACUGCCUCUUCUAAGAACUUUCCUCACAUAUAGUGUGUAUAAUAUACAAUUUAGUACUUGAAUAAGUUCCUCAUUUCCUCAUGUAUAUGUAAAUCAUUCACAAAACAAGAGGCUAGCAUUUGUCUUUCCCAUUCAGUGUGGCAACAGAACACGUAGCUGCUGCUGAGGAAUUACUUUUCUAGAAUUACCCAACGCCUCAAACUAUAGAAUAGUUUUGUUGCACAAAUCCUCCCUUUCCUAUGGUAUAGCCAGCAUCGUUACUCUCUCCAGCCCUGGGGGGGGGGGUCCUCUGGUGACCAAGAAUGUAUUUGUCAUUUCAGAGGUUUGUAACAUUCAGGAAUGUGGCCAUAGACUUCUCAGGAGGGGUGGGGCUGACUGGACCCAUUCAAAAGAGUCUAUAUGGGAAUGCAGUGUUGCAGAACUAUGGGAACCUUGUCUGAAGAGGUUACCAUUCCUCCAAAUUCAGAAUCUGAACUUAGGUAUAUUUUUUAUUUCCAUAGGAAUUAUUAGGGGGUGGGUUCUAAAUUGCAUGGCUGAAUUCCUAUUCCAUGUUCUUGAGAUGACUGAAAAUGGGCAGAAGUGGGAAGUGGAUGCAUUUUCCUCCUGCUCUUGUUUUUGUAAUUAAUAGCUUUUUCCCCCUUUACUAAAAGAUUGGGUCUGGAGCCAAGAAAAACUGUAUUUUGAAGUAUCUAUUUUCUCUCUCUUGUAAGCAGGACUUUCUAUUUCUAAACCAAUGUGACCUCCUUAUUGGAGCAAGGGAAAGAGUGAUGGAGAAAAAAGUGAAGACAGGCCUCUGACCAGCUCUAGGAACGGGACACUCAAAGAGAGAAGAAAGGAAGGCAGAAAGGCAAAAUGCACAAGGCAAACAGGGAAAAAAGGCAGGUCUGUCACUAGUGACACCAUCUGGAUAUGGUUACACUUGGCUGCAAGGAGGCUGAGAAGAGCUUUGUAACUGGACAUAUUGGUAUUGUGAGCCAAAAUAGGACUCCAGGAGGGAAGGAUGAGCUUGUUUAAUUGGCUACAGCCCUAUCUGCCACAGCAGAUCAGAAAGCAACUCUCAAUAAAGUGUUAUCGUCCAAAUA